AGGCCCCCGGCCGGCCCGGGGUGGCGCCCGCGUGCGCCCCUGAUCCACCGGGUCGUGUUUGUUUCAGGGGUCCGCUGGCAUCGGGGGACCAGUUCGGGGCUGCGGACGCCAACUUGCCUCGUGUGCUCUGGGCGGGACUGGGCCAGGUGGCUGCUCCGUGACCUGCCAUCAUGGAUGGAGAAGGACUUUUUGGUGGAGAAACCCAAGCCGCGGACGCCGGUCGGGGCCGCUGGGCUGUGGAAGGUGGUGACAAAACCGGCCCCGUUUCCUUCCGGGAAUCUGAAUGAGGGAGAUUACAGACACCUUCACGGCGAAGCCAAGGACAUUUCUGUAUAAUCAGUGGAUGAAAGGAUUUUCUCAGACUGCUUUUUCCCUUUUCCUGGAGGAUUAUCCACCGCGCUCUACAAUUCCAGUGGAAACCGCCAGACACACGAUGUGGCCGAAGCCCAGAGCUCCUUCGGAAUUGAUCUGGACCCUUCCUUUAGCAUAGGGGAGUUGAACACAUGAGCCCCCCCACUCUGGCCACCCCUCCCCCACCCCCUGGUAACCUCCCGUUAACCUAUUCUCAUUUUCUGAGUUAAAGUCUAUUUUCAAACUGUGCUCCGGGGCUGUAAGUGGAUUUCCAGAAAUGAGAGAUUAAGCGCUGGGAGAAGAGGAAGCCGCUGUUGUGUCUCCUGUCGCUGCCGACAUGAAGUGCUUUCUCCCGGUGCUGAGCUGUCUGGCUGCGCUGGGUGCGGUGUCCGCGCAGCGCCAGGUGGCCGUCCAGGAGGGGCCCCUGUACCGCACGGAGGGCUCCCACAUCACCAUCUGGUGCAACGUGAGCGGCUUCCAGGGCCCCGCCGAGCAGAACUUCCAGUGGUCCAUCUACCUGCCGUCCGCCCCGGAGCGCGAGGUGCAGAUCGUGAGCACCAUGGAUUCUGCCUUCCCUUACGCCAUCUACACACAGCGCGUGCGUGGAGGCAAGAUCUACGUGGAGAGAGUGCAGGGCCACUCGGUGCUGUUGCACGUCACCGACCUGCAGGCCCGCGACGCCGGCGAGUAUGAGUGCCACACGCCCAACACCGACGAGCGCUACUUUGGGAGUUACAGCGCCAAGACGAACCUAGUGGUGAUCCCUGACUCCCUGCAGGCCACCGCCGUGCCCCAGACUCUGCACAAGGUGGAGCAGGACCCGCUGGCGCUCACCUGCGAGGUGGCCGCGGACACCGUCCAGCACAGCCACCUGUCUGUGGCCUGGCUCAGGCAGAAGGGCAGCGAGGAGCCGGUGGAGGUCAUCUCCCUGAGCCGCGACUUCGUGCUCCGCUCCAGCAGCGAAUACGCCCAGCGGCAGAGCCUGGGGGAGGUGCGGCUGGACAAGCUGGGCGCCACCGUCUUCCGCCUCACCCUCUUCCACCUGCAGCCCUCCGACCAGGGCGAGUUCUACUGCGAGGCUGCCGAGUGGAUCCAGGACCCGGACGGCUCGUGGUACGCCAUGACCCGGAAGCGCUCCGAGGGCACCGUGGUCAGCGUCCAGCCCACCGACAAGGAGUUCACCGUCCGGCUGGAAACGGAGAAGCGGCUGUACACGGUGGGGGAGCCGGCCGAGUUCAGGUGCAUCCUGGAGGCUCAGAAUGUCCCUGACCGCUACUUUGCCGUCUCCUGGGCCUUCAACAGCUCGCUCAUUGCCAGCAUGGGGCCCAAUGCCGUGCCGGUGCUCAACAGCGAGUUCGCCCACCGGGAGGCCCGGGGCCAGCUGAAAGUGGCCAAAGAGAGCGACGGCGUCUUCGUGCUGAAGAUCUACCACCUCCGCCAGGAAGACAGCGGGAAGUACAACUGCCGGGUGACGGAGCGGGAGAAGACCGUCACCGGGGAGUUCCUGGACAAGGAGAGCAAGCGCCCCAAGAACAUCCCCAUCACCGUCCUCCCCAUCACAGAUAACUGGGUAGUUAAAGUCCCCCCGCCUCACCAGAUCCUGCCCCAAGGCCACUUGGAGAGCAGCCUGUCCGUGGAGGUGGCCAGCAAUGCCAGCGUCGUCCUGGAGGGCGAGAACCUGCACUUCUCCUGCAGCGUCCGCACGGCGGGCCGGCCGCAGGGCCGCUUCUCCGUCAUCUGGCAGCUGCUGGACAGGCAGAACCGCCGCAGCAACAUCAUGUGGCUGGACCGGGACGGCACGGUGCAGGCAGGCGCGGCCUACUGGGAGCGCAGCAGCUUCGGGGGCGUGCAGAUGGAGCAGGUGCGGCCCAGCUCCUUCAGCCUGGGCCUCUUCAACAGCAGGAAGGAGGACGAGGGCCAGUACGAGUGCCACGUGGCCGAGUGGGUGCGCGCCGUGGACGGCGAGUGGCAGAUUGUGGGGGAGCGCCGGGCCAGCACCCCCGUCUCCAUCACGGCUCUCGAAACGGGCUUUGCGGUCACGGCCAUCUCCCGGACGCCGGGGGUGACCUACAGCGACUCCUUCGACCUGCAGUGCAUCCUCAAGCCUCACUACCCAUCCCGGGUCCCCGUGUCCGUGACGUGGCGCUUCCAGCCGGUGGGCACCACCGAGUUCCACGACCUGGUGACGUUCACCCGGGACGGAGGGGUCCAGUGGGGGGACAAGUCCUCCAGCUUCCGAACACGGACGGCCAUCGAGAAGGCGGAGUCCAGCAACAACGUCCGCCUGAGCAUCAGCCGAGCCAGCGACACGGAGGCGGGCAAGUACCAGUGCCUGGCCGGGCUGUGGCGCAGGAACUACGACAGCAGCUGGGAGCGGCUGGCCGAGCGCACCUCCAACCUGCUGGAGAUCAGGGUGCUGCAGCCAGUGACAAAGCUGCAGGUGAGCAAAUCCAAGCGGACCCUCACCCUGGUGGAGAACAGGCCCAUCCAGCUGAACUGCUCGGUCAAGUCCCAGACCAGCCAGAACUCCCACUUCGCCGUGCUCUGGUACGUGCACAAGCCCUCGGACGCCGACGGCAAGCUCAUCCUCAAGACCACCCACAACUCCGCCUUCGAGUUCGGCACGUACGCCGAGGAGGAGGGCCUGCGGGCCCGGCUGCAGUUCGAGAGGCACGUGUCCGGGGGCCUGUUCAGCCUCACGGUGCAGAGAGCCGAGGUCAGCGACAGCGGCAGCUACUACUGCCACGUGGAGGAGUGGCUGCUGAGCCCCAACUACGCCUGGUACAAGCUGGCAGAGGAGGUUUCGGGGCGCACGGAGGUCACGGUGAAGCAGCCAGACAGCCGCCUGAAGCUCAGCCAGGCCCAGGGGAACCUGUCCGUCCUGGAGACCCAGCAGGUGCAGCUGGAGUGCGUGGUGCUGAACCGCACGAGCGCGGCCUCCCAGCUGCUGGUGGAGUGGUUCGUGUGGAAGCCCAACCACCCCGAGCGGGAGACGCUGGCCCGCCUGGGCCGGGACGCCACCUUCCACUACGGCGAGCAGGCGGCCAAGAACAACCUGCAGGGCCGGCUGCACGUGGAGAGCCCCUCGGCGGGGGUGUUCCGGCUCUUCGUGCAGAACGUGGCCCUGCAGGACAGCGGCACCUACAGCUGCCGCGUGGAGGAGUGGCUGCCCAGCCCCAGCGGCGUGUGGUACAGGCGGGCCGAGGACACCGCGGGGCCGACGGCCGUGGCCGUCACGCGACCAGACGCGGCCCUGCAGGUGGACACGGUGGUCCCCAACGCCACGGUGUCCGAGAAGGCCGCCUUCCAGCUGGACUGCAGCAUCGUGUCUCGCUCGAGCCAGGACUCCCGCUUCGCUGUGGCCUGGUACUCCCUGAGGACUAAAGUCAGUGGGAAAAAGGGCAGCCCUGGCCUGGAGGACCCGGACGGCCCGGAGGACGAGGGGGCGGCGGAGGAGGGGCAGGAGGAGGACCCCACGGAGCGCACGGCGCUGCUGAGCGUGGGCCCCGACGCCGUCUUCGGCCCGGAGGGGACCCACUGGGAGGGCAGACUCCGCUUCCAGAGGCUGUCGCCGCUGCUCUACCGGCUCACGGUGCUGCAGGCCAGCCCCCAGGACACCGGCAACUACUCCUGCCGCGUGGAGGAGUGGCUGCCCAGCCCCCAGAGGGAGUGGUACCGGCUGACGGAGGAGGAGUCCGCUCCCAUCGGCGUCCGCGGAGUUGCAACAGGUGCUGUUGUGCAAAAGGAAUCUGAGGGUAGCAGGGCGGGGGUGGGGGGGCCCCACCAAGUCGCUGCGGGGUGGCCGGCGAGCCUGCGGGAGCGCGGGCGGGUGCUCAGCCCCUGUCUUGUCUCUGCCCCAGGCUCCACCCUGCAGUCCAUCAUCUGCUCCAACGACGCUCUCUUCUACUUCGUCUUCUUCUACCCCUUCCCCAUCUUCGGCAUCCUCAUCAUCACCAUCCUGCUGGUGCGCUUCAAGAGCCGCAACUCCAGCAAGAACUCCGACGGCAAGAACGGGGUGCCCCUGCUAUGGAUCAAGGAGCCCCACCUCAACUACUCGCCCACCUGCCUGGAGCCGCCCGUGCUCAGCAUCCACCCCGGGGCCAUAGACUAGGGCCGGGCGGAGCCGGCCUGGCAGGCCGAGAGUCUCCUUUGCCGCCUCCUGCUCCGUGGUGUGGCAGCACCCCCCUGGGGCGCUCGGAGGGUGGCGGCCCCGAGGCGGAUUCCCGGGUCCCAGAGGCAGCCUGCUGGGGCGAUCUCGGGGCUGUUUCCCAGGAGACGCUGUCAUCUGCAGAAUUAGGUUUUCGGUUUUGUUUGUGGUGUUGUAGUGAGUAGCUCCAGGUGCCGCGUCUACUCACUGCUCUCGAGUGUCCUCAGGUCGGUGUGACGGGGGCCCCUAUUCUUUGUCAUGGACUUUUUCCAUCCCCUCGGUUUUCCCUUUUUGGAUUCCGCCAUGUUGAGGAAGAACUGACGGCAAAAGGAAGGACGAACUCGGUGACGCGAAGGGCUGUCUCCCGAGCCGCUUUGUUGUUACACUUGAAAAUGCCACCGUGGAUCAAAAUACAUGCAAACAUUUUUUACUUUCUUAGCAAGACUUGGAAAUCGCGGGCAGCGUGGGCCCGUUUUGUAUCUUAUCUUUCCCCUCAGCUGGAGUUGUUGGAACCACUUCUCAGUCAGAAAUGAAGAGCGGAAUGCCGCUUCCGAGAGCUGUGUGUGUCCAAGAGAAAGCCUGCACCCCCUUCCCUCCGAGUAGGUGGUGCCCAGCCAGCCCGUCUGUCAGGCGGCCCAGAAGAGGCAGCAUCUCAGCUUUGCCAAAAAAAAGAAAAAAGAAGAAAACUUUCUUGGAGAACAAGUCCAAACCACAGGCAGCACCCGCUUUCCCGGCGGCAGCGGGCAGAGAGCCGCCUGCAGCAGCGAGGGCUCCCAGCGAGCCCGAGCCAGUCCCCAGCGCCGGGAGCUGGCGGCCUCUGCGCACACAGCCCCCCAGGGCUCUAAGCCGUGGGCAUCUAUUUUAAGGUGCUUUUGCAAACUCUGAAGGUUAAGGGGCCACGGGCUGCAAGGGGGACUUCCCGGAGCUGACCACGGGGCCCACGCAGCCACCGUGCAGGCAAACGGCCCUGGAUGCCCUGAAGGCGGCCCGGGCUGGCCGACAUCUGUGGCAGCCGGUUGGGGUCGUCUCCAGCGCCUGGUGAUGCGGGGGAGGGGAAUAGCCACGUCCCGGGACGUAUGAAAAGUGGGUUUUUCUUCUUCCAGUUUGUUCCCUUAAAGACGCCGACGUCUGUUUUAGUCCCCCUCCCCCCACCCCCACCACACUGCCGUGGGACAGGAGCCUGGGAUGUGGGGGCGGCCUGGGCCCUUCCGGCUUCCCCCCUCUCCGAGGAAACCAGCACACGCCUGCAUUUCACACCUUUCCCUCUCUUGCAUCUCGCUGGGGACAUGAGUGCCCAUUGUUAGGGUUUUUUAAGAUUUUGACCCCAUUUACAGCCCGGCAAGGCAAGGGUCGGCGUCCCCUCUUAUCUUACACGAGUUUGCCCCCACGGAGAUAGGAGAUGUCGGCUUCCCCUGUUUUGCUGGUGAAGAGUGCCAUCACCCUUCCUCUGGGAACGUGCAUCUGGAAUCCCCAGGGAAACAACCACCGGGGAUUCUGGAACUUAAUGGACGGCGAGAUGGCAGCGAAACCUGGUUCUGAGACUGAACGGCCUGGGGUGGGGGCUGUGGGGUCCCCAGACCGAGCGCUCUGCCGGGCCCUGGGGGGUCCGCAGGUGCUGGGGGCACAGUGGGGGCUUUUUGGCACCUGCCAGGAAGCAGUCGCGGGCCACUGCAGGAAACCUGCCUCCUUUCCCUCCCAGGUAGCCAGGAUGCUCUUUACAGACAGCUCAGCUCAGCCUGCACCCCCCCCUCCCCGCCCCGGCCUCCACGCUCAUCCCCAUUGAUGAUGCUACAUCGACACUUUCGAGGUGCAGAAUCAGCUCAGUGGUGCGGACGGAGGCACUCUUCUCCCCACUUGGGGUGGAGAUCUCCUCCCGACUUCGAAACUGAGUCAGUGAGGGAAGAUGACCAACUUUUCCUUUGACUGGAAAGGUGCCAGAGGCUGCCUGGGACUGGAGUGUGACAGGCUUGAGUUUACAUUGGUUCACAGCUGUAGAAAAGUAGGUGCUGCAGGUAAUUGAAUACGUGAAGCAGUUGCAGGAAAUUUGAAAGAAAAAAAGAAACCGGAGCCAGUAUUUUAAUAAUUUUCUUUCUUCCCGUGCAUUUUCUAUUGGCCUGGGGGAUCCCUUCCAAAGGUGAGCUUUUCCAAGCUUUCUAUGAAGAUCCCCAGGCCCUGCUUGCUUUGGCCAUUUCUAUGGAAAUGUGGUGUCUGAGGAGCGGUGAUGGCGCCCUCCAGCGGCCGCGAGGCCUCACUGCACGUGGCUUGGCUCGAAAGGUCUGGGACCCAGAGAAACUCUGCGCCUCUCGCCACGGGUCUGCGUCCAGCUGAUGCAUUUAUGAAAAGCCACACUGUGCGAGGCCCAUUCCAGGACACGGAGAUGACCACACCCUCUUUCACCAGGGGGUUUCUGUAACAGAUUUUCAUAUUCUUUUCCAACAAUGGUUUCUCUGCGUUGUUAAAGGCAAAAAAAAGGCGGGGUAAGAAAACUAUCCAUGCAUGAUGUAGAGAGCUGUUGAUUUGUUUUUGUUUGAUUUUUUUUUUUAAGGAACACUAUUUGUAAGAUGUUGCACUAAAAUGUUUUAUAUACAUUUCAGAGACCUGUAGUAAAUUAUGUUGAAAAUA